GGGGUGGUCCUGGCGGAGGAUCGGUGGACUUGGUGGCGGCUUUCAAGCAUCGAUUUAAGCUCAGCGCCGAAGAAGAGGAGGUGAUUGAAGAGGCUGAGAGCUUCGAAGUGAACGAAGGCAUUACGGAGGGUGCUCUCGCGGGAGAACUGGGACUGCCUGUGAUGGCACGGUCUCCUGGCUGCAAGAGACGAGGCAGCGCAAGCCGCAGCUUCAAGUGGUUCAACCGCCUUGAGCUCAUCGACCCCAUGGCAGUGGCAGCCAUCUUUGGUGAUGCCAAUCUGAGCUUCGCGCUGAAGCUCGCCAAGCACCGGGAGGCGCUCGGUCAUGUGGGCCGUAUCAUUGCCACAACCUUCGAGACUCUGGAUUGCCUUCGAGAACGCUACAAGGAGAUUGAUGAGACCAUCAAGACCUUGGAAGGUCUCUACACCGAGGUGUACCAUGGUGUCGAUUGUACACGAAUUGCGGUUGACAGCCGCUUUCAAGGAAUGGAGGGCCGCCUCGGGGCGGUUUACUACAACUUCCCACAUGCCGGCGUCGUCACAGGCUUCUUUGAUGGGCACCCCUGUGUGAAUUGGCGCCAUGAGAACCUCAUGCGGCUCUUCUUCCGCGCCUUGCGCUCCUUCAUGAAGCCUGGAGGACUCGUGAAGGUGGCCUCCAGCAAGACGGCUGUGGGAGUCCGAUUCUUCUACAUCAUGGAGGCCGCCGCCGAAAACGAGUUUGUUCACAUCGAGACGAUGCCCUUCAUGGAAUGGCAUCUUCAUAGAUAUGGACGAUCCUAUGGCGACAAGCGUGAUGUGCAUCGGCGGCCGGAGGCCGGUGAGAACUACAAUGUGCAGCGAAAAGAUGCUGACAUGGUUGCGAAGCUGCAGGGAGGUGAGCUCCCACCACAGAGCAUCCGGAUGCCACCGAAGUUCAACGUGCUGAAAGCAUGUCCUGAUGGUCCUUUCAGGAUGCUGAUCGGCGAGGCCCGACAACGGCAUGCCAUGGCGUUCCUUGGACCUGGUGCCGAUGCUUCUCACGCCAGCACCACCGGUGCCGAACGGGUGCGAAGGACGACGAGUGCGGUGGACACCGGGUGCACCGGAGGGAAACCGGUGAACAAGUUGGAAGAAAUGGCACGCCGAAGCAGCUCCAUCCUGGUGGUGGCCCUUUUGGCCCUGGCCUUCUGUGGCUUCGCCUUCGUGGCACCCAGCACCGGUGCUGCCCCUGAACCACAGCUGCGCGGCAAGCAGGCCGAAGCGGCCAUGCUCGGUGCCGCAGUGGCCGUCGGGCGCCUCAGGCCCCAGCUGGUCAGUCGGGUCGCACGAGCCGCGCAAUGGCCGGGUCCCGCCACCGCUUCUGAGGAACAGCUUCAAUUUCUGGCUGCUGAAGUGAAGAUGCAGGUCGAAGCGGCGAGUCAAGUGGCUGUGACGAAGAUCGAGAUGUGCAGUGCGCGACCUUCGGCGACGUCUGAUGAGGAGGAGCCUGGCAAUGAUGCGUCUCCCAAGAAGCGCAAGACCGAGGACUCCAUCCAUUUACGAAAGCUUCAGUUGAGACACACAGUGUCUGCCACUUUGAGAGCGUUGGAGCUGAGCCGGCAGAGCAGCAAGGAAGCAUUUGCGAAAGGCCGGGGUCCGGUUCCGUUCACCGCCACGUUAUUCGGCGCAGCCGACGACCCGACCGGCGGGGACCGGGGACAAGCGCGCCAGACGGCGGGCGGGAGCCUGCGCCGAGUGGGCCGAGUGGGUGAGGCCUUUGGAGGCAUCGGCGAGGUGGUGGACUUGCACUUGCCAAUGAAGGAGAUGACUUGGCCGGUUUGGCGCGGUGGUGCCUUUGACCAAGACGUAGAUGGGGCAUACCUGUCGUUGAUGCUCAUGGCACAUGGCGCAGUGCUUUUCAAAACCGGCUCAAAUCUCCGACUCAUUGGUCAUCUUUUUGUGGACUUGCGCAACCGCAGUGACUUCGUGGCCGAGACCUAUGCGGCCGUGUCGGGCGGCGCGGCCUUUGCCGAGGCCGAGGACCUCCUGGGCGCCGAGUGCUUCGCUGCUGAAGCGGUUGAGAAGGGCCAUGAAGCAUUAGGAGCUUUGAAAGCCAGUGGCAACAAGACGGCCGUGGCUGACGCGACGCGUUUGGUGGUGAAGGGACUGGUAGGUCAAGAACAACAUGCUCGAGCUCAAGAGCUGGUGAAGGAGGAGUUGGCCCGCUUCCGCGAGGCGGGAGACCGUCUGGGGGAGGCGAAGAUGUUGAUGUCGAUGGGCGAGUCCACGGCGGCCAAGGAAGGCAAAGCCAAGGCGGAAGCCGUGAGCUCUCUCAAAGAAGCGCGGUCGAUCUGCAGGAACUUGAACAACAAGGAAUGGGAGGCGAAAGCUUUGCUCACCUUGGCCUUGCUGAACCUCGCCAAAGUUGACGACCUUGGAGCAGUCGAAACAGCCCUGAAGAACGCCACAGAAGCGAGAGACAUUUGCCAAGACUUUGACAACAAGCGAAUAGAGGCGCGGAGAAGAAGAUUGAUCAGAUAA